AUGGUCUCGCGGACUUCCGUGCGUUUGGUUUGGCGUCAUUUUGUCCAAAACAGAAUGGGAGAUAUGUCCUCCAAAAUGCGAAUGCCGUCUUCGGAGGAAGCGCUACCUGGAAGGGAGCAGAGCAUGCAAGUGUCAGCUAAACACAACGUGAAUGGUAACAGGACAGUGCCACCAUUCCCAGAGCAAAUGCAGAAAGUAUUAUUUGGUAUGGGUUGUUUCUGGGGAGCUGAGAGGAAGUUCUGGGUGCAAAAGGGGGUCUAUUCCACUCAAGUGGGCUACUCUGGUGGUUACACCCCAAACCCCACCAAUGAAGAGGUGUGCACAGGUAAAACAGGGCACGCAGAGGUGGUUCGUGUGGUCUAUGAGCCUGAGAAAAUCAACUUUGCACAGCUGCUCAAGGUAUUUUGGGAAAGCCACGAUCCUACACAAGGAAUGCGCCAGGGCAACGAUGUUGGAACGACUUAUCGAUCAACCAUUUAUGCGUAUACACAGGAACAGCUCGACCAGGCAUUGCACUCCAAGGACGAAUAUCAGAAGAUGCUGACUGAAGAGGGUUUUGGAGCCAUCACCACAGAAAUAACAAUGACUAAGGAGUUCUACUAUGCAGACGACUAUCACCAGCAGUACCUCAGCAAGAACCCCAAUGGCUACUGUGGACUGGGUGGCACCGGGGUCUCCUGCCCAAUAGGGCUGAAGAGUAAAAAUUAGUAUGCUUCUACUGUCCUUUGGUUAGACAAAUUUAUAUUAACUUGCCUUAAUUGAAGCAAUCGCCACUGGUAUACCCAGGCCUACAUGAAAUUGUUGGAUAUAUAUAUUAUAUAACUUUAUAAUGAUUUGUGUAAGCUAUGUGUGUUUUUCUGACCAAUGCGUUUGAUAACAAAAUCAACUGACAUUUUCCGUGUAAUGCAAUGACAUGCGUACAAUAAGUGCCUAUAUACUUUUUUGGGUCUACUGUGUACUUGAGAUUUAAAUAAAUGGUAGACACAUUGUUGUCUAUGGCAGGCAGGAUUGUGGGUUCAUGUUUGUGUGUUUGUUCUAGAUCCAUCUGUCCAUUCGAUUCGCAAACAUAUCUAUUCAUCCUUCCAUCUGUCUACUACCUAUGUGUUUCCUUCCAUCCCAGCCGUGCAAACAAGCACCCUCGUCCCUUUCCUCUUGCAUUCACACAGCAGAAUCUGUGUAUGUUGUACCAGGAACGCUGUGAAAAACAAAACCCUUUGUUGAUGGCACAAACAACUGUGCAUGAAAACCAAUUAGCGUUCCUAAUGCAAAAAAGUGUUGUUAAAGGAAUAGUUGACCCUAAAAAGAAAAUUUGCUUUUAAUUUUCUCACCCUCAGGGCAUCCAAGAUGUAGAUGAAUUACUCACUUCAGUAGAACAUUAAGGUCUGCGUGAACUGGAAGUUGCUGCCGACUUUAUUUCAGUGUAGUGACGUAUUUCCAGCUGAAACGGAAUAUUGUCAUUUUAAGAAUCGAAAGAGCAAAACAGGAAACACAAAAUUUAUACCCAUGGUUUCUGACAAUGUAUUGUGGUCUUAAGAAGCGAAAUGAUUGGUCUGUGUAAGAUAAUUAUUUUUAUGUGAACUAUUUCUUUAAUAAAUAAAUAAAUUACUCUAAAAAAUC